UUCUGUUCUUACUGCAGACACACUCUAAGAAACCUCUUCACAUAAAAAAUAUCCUACAAUUAUUAACAUAUUUUGUAAUAUGUUACAUGCUUGAUAACUUCUUAAAUGAGGUUGACUUGAAUGUCCGGUUGUGGGAUACCAUGUCUCUUAAUAACACAAUAGUUUUCUGAAAUGAAUUAGGGAAUUUCUAGACUUCUGCAAUCUUGCCCUGUGCCUUUAAGGCCAGUGUGCGCACACAAUCAUGAAGAAACACAAACACUCCCACUUCUGGUGAAACAAAAACCUUUUUAGCUUUCCUUGUAGACAGAACGUGUGUGCCUGUGUGGUAGGUGAAAUGGCCAGUGCUUCAGUGUUUCAGGAUGAGUUCUGCUGUUCUAUCUGUCUGGAUCUUCUGACGGACCCGGUGACUGUUACCUGUGGACACAGUUUCUGUUUGAAGUGUAUUACAGGAUGCUGGGAUCAGGCAGACCAUAAGGGUGUUUACAGCUGCCCCCAGUGCAGAGAGACCUUCACUCCUAGACCAGUUCUUCGCAGAAGCACAUUGCUGGCUGAUGUUGUGGAGAAGCUGAGGAAGAUAGAAGUCCAGUCUGAUCACACAGCUCCUUCCAACGCCGGACCAGACGAUGUGGAGUGUGAUUUCUGCACUGGGAGAAAACACAAAGCCAUCAAGUCGUGUCUAUCAUGCAUGGGCUCUUACUGUGAGGUUCACAUCCAGCCUCACUAUCAAGUGGCCUGUCUGAAAAAGCACAAGCUAGUGAAUGCCUCCUCACGGCUACAAGAGAAGAUCUGCUCACAACACGACAGGAUCAUUGAGGUGUUUUGUCGCACAGAUCAGAAGUUGAUAUGUAUGCUCUGUUCAAUGGACGGCCACAAUGGACACAAAACUGUCUCCGCUAUAGCAGAACGAACUGAGAAGCAGAAAAAGUUGUUGGAGAUGAAGUGGGAUAACCAGAUGUGGAUCCAACAGAAGGAGAAGGAGGUGCAGAAGGUGAAAGGGCUUUGA